GCGCGAGCCGGCGUGCAGGGGAGCCGUGAACAAACCGGGACGCAACAGUCGCUCGGCAGACUUCGUGCUGGAACCAUCUACGGAGGUAUGGUUUCGCGUGACACUUCGUGAUUCGAGCCUGGGAUACCUGUUACGAAUCGUUACCCGUGAGGGAAAACACGGUGGGCCCAGCUGUCGGGGUAAUUAAGUAAAAGUGGACCAAUAGAAAUGGAGAGUAAAGGAGGACCCACGGCGUAGUACACGGCCACCCAUCUCCACCAAUCUCUCUCGAAUCCUCUGUACCUGCUAUUAAACGAAACGAAAGACUUGAUAAUAUAUACGAAAUGUCAGCCACGGCAUCUAUGGAAAAAAUGGACGCGACGAAAGAUCUGCCGAAGAAGAAAUUUAUCAACACCAAUCUUCUUUCUCUGAAGCUUUUAUUAUUCCUCUUUUUCGGAGGAAUGGGAUGCCUCUUCCCUUUUCUUCCACUGCACAUGACAGAAGUGGGACUGAGCAUCAAACAAAUCCGAAUGAUCUCGAUGAUCUCGCCAGCAGCUGCGAUCUUGGGUCCCUUGUUCGCUGCUCCCAUCGCGGACAAGCUGGCCGGUCAUCAAGGACGAAGCGAGAAAUCUUCGACCGGCCGUUACCUCAGGGUGAUGAUCGCCAUCGCUUGUUUCCUCUCCGCGAUAUUUUACACUUUCCUCUUAAUUAUCCCAUCCGUGGAUCACGUGGAGCCCUCGAGGGAGAGGAGACCAGACGUAAAAUUCAAUUGCGACCAAACGGGGGCGGUCGUGCUGCAGGAACGAUGCGAGGAUCGUAAAUCCUGUCAUAAAUGGUCCGACGAUACAAGGCCUGGGCCAUUGCUCCUCGAGAGUUGCAACUACGCUUGUUAUCCGAUCGGUUCGAAACGAUGGCAUUCCGAGGAGAGCGGCACUUCCGGUACCAUCGACUCCGACCUCGACGGCAGCGGUGAAACGACGGUCAUUCCACUCGAGAGCGAGAUAUACGCUCAGAUUCAAGACCCAGAGGAGGCCAAGAAAACUCGGAGGUUCGCGUUGCCCGAUAGCGAGCCGCCUCACCUGUGCUUCAAAGAAGGCGACAACGUGGUUUGUCACGUUUACACUCAGUAUUCAAGUAGUUUGGUUGUGAACGCGACUCUGGGACAAGCAUUGAACAACGAGAGCGAUCGGGACUGGUGCGCGUAUCCCGUGGCGGAGUACUUUGCCUGUCGUAUACCUCCGGGGCUUGAGGCCAGUAUGGCCGAAGUGUACCAGAGCUGUUCGAUCGAGUGCGACUUGGUCGAUGCGUACACUCUUCAGGAUAGCGUCCUCAUCGAGAGCCAGUGUCAACAGGCGAAGAAUUGGUCUCACUUGGUAUUCUGGACGUACUUGGCGAUUCGAUCGAUCGCGGACAUUUUCCCAACAACGGCCGUAGCUCUUAUCGACGCGGCGGUCGUUAUAGCUACCAGGGAAACUUCUUGCGGACGGGGAGAUGUGGGCCGGCAGCUGGCCUUCGGCUCCCUUGGUUUCGCCAUUUUUGGUCCGUUAACCGGCUAUCUGUGCACUCUCGUAGAAAACUUGAACUCUUUAUACUAUCUUCCGAUCGGUAUGCACGCCGCGAUGAUGAUCCUGGCAGCGAUCGUGGCCCUCUCUGCCAACGGGAUGCCCCUCAGCCCGCCGGAAUGGUGGUGGCACACCAGAAGCGGCAUGCUCGCACUUCCCAUGAGCGCUAUCAAGCGAUACGGAAGCGAGACCGCGGCGCUUGUCAUAGUACUGAUCAUCAUGGGAACCUUCUGGAGCGUCGUGGACAGCUAUCUGCCGUUACAUUUACAGAAACUAGGAGGUAAUGAGCUUCUUAUAGGAGUAGCCAUGACCGUGAGCGCGAUCCCAGGCUUCCUGUUCCUUUGGAAGUCCGAGCAUUUAGUGGACUACUGUGGUCACAGUAAUCUUCUUAUCACUGCCUUCACCGUUUAUAUCAUUAGAUUUAUCGGUCUGACUUUUGUGUCGGAGUCUUGGUGGGCCCUGACCGUGGAGGGUCUCGAGGUCUUCACACUGGGCAUUAUGUGGGUCACUGCCAUACUCUAUCUCAGACACCUCGUCCCACGUCACUUGACCGUGACAGCUCAAGCACUGCCUGUGAUUGCGCACUUCUGCGUUGGUCGAUGCAUCGGAGCCGUAAUCGGUGCUUAUGUCGGCGGCGAGGAUUCCGAUAUCGUCGACUCGUUGAGACUCGUCUACCAGUGGAUGGCCCACGCGGCCACGUUCGUUGCAGUAGUGUACUUCAUCUUGUAUCAUGCCCUAUUGAAACCACUGUGCCACACGCACACCAUACAAGGCACGCGACAACCACCCACCGUUGUUCAAGCUGCUAUUAAGGAAUACGAAUUAACGAUGAACGGGAACGGGAAUUACACGCCGCUCAGGGUGUACCACAACGGUAUGGGGAGAAAAGGUCAAUUUCGCUAUUGAGGAAGUCAUGAAAGAGGAAAAUGAGAGGGUGUUCAGUGACUCUUUAAAAUGCCACGUUACGGUGCUAGUGAAUUAGACUGUCGUUGUUGUUAAAAAAAAUUGUCAUUGUUAUGAACGACACACGUGUAUGAAAAGUGCGUUUACACUGCGCAGCCUUUAGCAUUUAUCCACAUUCGAGAUCGAUCAUACACUCUUCGAUACUGUCAUUCAUUUCCCUUUGUACAGGCAAUUUCUGUAAUAUUCAUUUGCUCAAGUGUAUUUCGAAACAUCGAUGCGAGCUUUCACUAGAUUUAUCGGUAUCCAAAUAGCGUAAAAGUACUCAAACGUUUUCUACAAAUUAUACAUUUCGCGAUACCGAUAGAAAAAGUGAAAUUUCUUUUUCUCAUUUUUCAGAAAACAUGUUCGUUUCAUUUUUAGGAAAUAGUCAAAGUACGAAUGGUAUAUAAUUUUUGAAUACUUGUACCUAUACUACAAACGAGUAGUCACGCUAUUCGAUUGCUAUGACUCCUAAAUGUAACAUAUUUGUAACGCUUUUUCAUUCUUACUAUCUUUGUAUUCUUUAUAGACAUGUAUAGCGAUUUCUCUGAAAUCGCAAGAAGGAACUACGGAACUUCGUUGCGCUCCGAUCCUUUGUAUACUCGGCUACGAUAUCACGUAGGCGUGUUACGUGUUCAUGACAUGUUUUUAAAGGGAAAAAUUUCUACGAACCUGUUGUAUGUAUAUCUGCUGAGAAAUAUUUGUCUCUUGAUGUAGAAUAUAUAAGACUUUACCUGAA